CUCCUCCAGUUAUGAUUGGUGAUCACCCAUUGUCUUAUGUCAGCAAUUUCAAGUAUUUGGGUAGUUUCCUUUCAAAUAAUGCAACUGUUGAUGCAGAUGUCUCUCAUAGGAUAUCAAAGGCCAGUGCUGCUUUUGGUAAAUUGUACAACAGACUUUGGCAAAGGCAUGAAAUCAAACUGACCACGAAGGUUGCAGUUUACAAAGCAGUAGUCUUAUCAGUUCUAUUGUACGGAUGCGAGUCAUGGACCCUUCUUCGUAACCUCAAAAGUUUGGAGAGUUUACAUCUGCGAUGUCUUCGCCGCAUAUGUGGAAUCCAGUGGACUGACUAUAUACCCAACACAGAAGUGUUAUCUCGUUGUAACAUCAGUGGCAUUGAAUCUUUUGUUAUGAAAUGCCAAUUUCGCUGGGCUGGUCACAUGUCUCGAAUGCCUAAUGAUAGAAUUCCCAAACAACUCCUUUUUGGUCAACUGGAACAGGGCCAUCCUCAUCAAGGUGGUCCUAAAUUACGUUAUAAAGAUUCUAUCAAGGCUAAUAUGAAAUCUUGUGGGAUUGACUUCCUGCAUUUUGAGAAACUAUCCAGUGAUAGAACAAACUGGAGAUCUCUCUGCCAUUCAUCACUCCAACAGUUUGAAGAAAAUCGUAUUAGACAUCUUCAAGCUCAACGUCAGAAACGGAAAGAACAAAUUGUUCCUACCAACAAGUCAUUUGUUUGCCAAUCUUGUGGAAAGGAAUGCCGUUCAAAAGCAGGUGUUAAAUCCCAUCAGAGACACAGAGGACACUAAAGAGAGUCAUUACUGUUAUCAGU